AUGAUGAAGCCGUUGUUCUCGAGGCAAGCAUCAAGAAGGCUGUUGCUGCUCAACCAUAACUCUGGCAUCAGCCGAAUGGGAUUAUCCAGUUCCGAUUCAAUAAUGUUAAUGAAAGAAGGGUCUUCAGUGUCAUCCACAGUGGACCAAUCACAACGACUUCCUACGAAUUGUUCCUACUUGACACAACAACAACGUCCGUACAGAACAUCACUCUUCGUGCAAAGCACAAAGAAAACAGAGCAACAGAAGAGCCAAACUCUGGAAGACAACCUCAAUGAUGACGACAGCUUGUACCUCGAAGAAAACAACGUUAGGGGAUGUAUUGUUGAGUUUUAUGACAAAGCUACAGAAUCUGUACGAUUGGGAUUGUUAGAUGAAAAAGAAUUUGUUAUCCAUCAGGAAGAUUCUACUACAAUUAAAUUAUCGGACAAGCUGAAACACAAAGAUGUUACCAUUAUUGAAAAGUGGACAAAUGUUCUCAUCACAUUUAAUGAUUUAAAGGAAGUCAAAGAGAAAGCCAACUCUACAGUGUUGGAUCAGAAUUAUUACGUUGAUUUUGAACUUCGGUUAGAAAAUUUAUUAAUUGAGGCUUAUACAUCAGGAAGAAGAUUUACAUCAUCCUCUCUUGCAGGGGAAUUAUUUGAUUCGGAGGUUCCUUCUUUAGUUACUCGUUAUAUUGCUUUUUAUUUGUUCGAAUAUUCUGGAUGCUUUAAAUUUGAUACAAGAUCCAACAAGUAUAUGGUGAUUGAAACUGAUGCUAGCCAAAUGAGAAUUAAAGAUUUUGUAAAAAGAGCUCAAAGAAGAAUUCAUGAAGUCAAUGAAUUUAAGUUGAAGAAGCAAUUUGUAGAUCAGGCUCUCUUUGCUAAUUAUACUAGUUUAAAUCUCCAUCUUCCCACUAAAUGGGAUCCAAUCAUUGAUGUUCCAAUUUUGAGAAAGAUUGAAUUCUUCAUGCUGUCUAACAACGAGACGGAAAAGAAUAGGGGACUCAUCAACACAAUUUUAGAAACAUUUGGUUAUCCAAAAACAAGAAAAGGUGCUGCACUGUUUCUCCAUGCUGUAGGACAUUUACAACUUGAAACAUCUGCCUCAUUCCUGGCUGAUGAAGGUCCAUCCUAUGAAUCCAUAGACAUUUGUUCAAGGAGAGUGAAAGAAAUAUUUCCUUCAUUCUUCAAACCCUUCUCAAAGGAAUCUGAAAGACUUUCUCAAUUUCUUAUUGACAACAGCCAUUCCAUCAUUGAGAAGGAGAGAGUUAAUCCCACCAGAAGAGAUUUACGCCAUUUCAAAGCUAUUGCCAUUGACGACUUUACUACUCAAGCCUAUGAUGAUGCCGUUUCUAUUGAACCAACUCCAAAUGGAUUUAAACUUUUUGUUCAUGUUUGCGAUAUUUCAUCAUUUAUUACAAAGAAUAGUCCAUUAGAGGUUGAAGCUAGAUCCAAGAUGAGGACUCUUUAUGGAAAGAAUAGAUUGAGACUAAUGCUUCACCCAAAUGCCAUUAGAGCUGCUACCCUCAACCCAGAUAGAGAGAACUUGGCUUUGACUUUGGAAAUGCAAUUUUCUAAAAUUGGUUAUGAUUUCAAAUUAGAUAGAUAUGAAUUUUAUAGAAGUAUUCUUGGUAAUAUUGAACUCUAUACCUAUAACAUGGUGGACAAUAUUUAUAGCCAAUAUAUCAAAAAAAGACUUCCAAAAAGCAAAAAGUCCAUGAACGAGACAACAAGAAUAUUAACUGAUGUGUAUGAUGUGGCUGUGGAUAUUGAUAAGGUGAUCAAAAUACCAAGACCUUCAAUAGCAUCGCCCUCAAAAGAAGUGGUGACAAUCAUCAUGACCAUCGCAAACAGUAUUUUGGAAGCUCAUAUCAAACAACAUCAUUUACAACAUUUAUUCCCUUCUACUACGUCCUACAUUAGAUUUACUUCUCCUCUAAGAAGAUACUCAGAUCUUGCUACUCACUUGCAAUUUGUUUCUUUGCUUGAACAACAAACAAAAUAUAUUGAUGAAUCUAAAAUUGCAUACACUGAAAAAGAAAUCAAACAAAUUAAUUCAGAAAUUCAAGCAUUUGAGAAGGAUUUAGCAGAGACUGAAAUGAUUAUUGAAAGACAAAAAAGAGAAGCGGCACGAAAAGAUCACUUACAAAAAGAAUUUCAACGAAACAAUUCUCAAAAUGCUAGUCGUGUCAUUGGACAAGUCGUUAAAAAGCGAAAGGGUAUGAGCAAUGUUUAUAUUCAAUCUCUUGAUAAGACAGUUCCAGUUCAUUUAGUGGAAUAUGAUGAAGUGAAAAUGAUAGAAUUGGUAUUGAAUACAUUACCUGAAGCAGAAGCUUCUUCGUUUGAGUUACUAGGAUGGCCUUCCACCAUUAAAAAGAUGAGAGAGAAUCGAGUACCAAAUGAUAUUCGAGAAGGAUCAAAAGUUGUGCUUAAUAUUAAGAAUAUUGAUUACAGUGAGACUGAUGGUAGUACGAAACAUGUGGUUGUAGAACAUUGUUUUGAAGAAAAGGUUGAUAAUUACUCGGUGUAA